ACACGGUGCGUAUUGCUCCACUUUCCUCCUCGGUACCCAUAGCGUAUAUAUAGCGUAAGGGUAGCGUCUCUCCUUUUCAUAAGAUCUCUGUCAGUGUCACAAAACAUGAUGCGAGCAGCUGUUCUCGUUCUUGCGGUCAUCGUUGGAGCAUACUCGUCCCCCGACGAGAUCUCCCGUCGAGUGGCCAAAGCGAACAACAUCCUCGGAGUCAACCUCCUGAAAGAACUACCUACAAACAAGAACCAUGUCUUCCUCUCACCGUUCAGCAUCAGCAUGGCGAUGUCUAUGGUCUACCGCGGUGCAAGAGGCGUGUCGGAAAAGGAACUCGGCGACGUCCUGGGCUACGAGAAGGCUGGCCUUCAAGGAAGCACAGAGCUCUUAUCGGCCACGCAGAAGUUCUUCCGAGACCGUGACGGGAAGAAAGACGUUGUCUUAGAAGUCGCCAACGCCGUCCUAGUAAACAAAAGCUUCCCGAUAGUGGAGUCGUACAAGAAAGACCUGCGUGACGUGUUUCGAGCGAAUCUUAAGGAGGUAGACUUCUCGAGGGAAUCUCAGCGUGUAGCCUCUGAAAUCAACCAGUGGGUGUCCACCAAGACGAGAGGCCAGAUCAGCAAAGUCGUCAGCACUAUCCCUAAAGACACCCUCCUUUUUAUCAUGAACGCUGUCUACUUCAAGGGAGACUGGACAUCGAAGUUUGACGCCAAGCGGACCAAGAAGCUUCCUUUUUACAACUAUGGCAAGACUGAAAAGCAAGUGAAUAUCAUGACGCAGACGUCAAAGUACAGCUACACGGUAAGCGAGGAACUCAAAGCUAGUCUAAUCGAACUACCGUACAAAGGAAAAGAAUUCAGCAUGGUCAUCGUUCUUCCACUUAAACGCGACGGCCUGGAGGCCUUGUUGACAGAUGUCACAGCUGCAAACCUGGAAACUGCCGUGAGUAACUUUGAUUCUAGGACCGUCGUCCUGAAGCUGCCAAAGUUCAAGCUGGAAUCCGAGUUCAGUCUCGUUAAACAACUGAAAGGUCUCGGUGCUCAGUCCAUCUUUCAAGCCAACGCGAACCUCACGGGAAUCAAUGAACGCGGAGACUUGGUCGUAAGCGAUGUGCUUCAUAAAGCCCUGGUUGAAGUGAACGAAAAAGGAAGCAAAGCUGCUGCCUUCACGUCGAUUUCGAUGCGAAAUAAAAGCCUGACUAGAGGACGUACUCCACCUAUCGAGUUCAAUGUGGAUCAUCCAUUCUUGUUCUUCAUUCGAAGCAAGGUGACUGGCUUGAUUCUAUUCAUGGGUGCAGUGAACGAACUGUGAUUCAGUUCCUGUGAUUCCUCCCUUCCCUUACUUUACUCCCUUACUUACUUCCUGUGAUUCAGUGAGGAAUGUGAAGGCGUCAACUGCCGAGAAAGACGGUUUAGGACAACACAUCAUGUUUUUAAUCUACUUAAUUGAUGUAUGCAGUUACUUUGAUUAGUUCACACGAUACACCAAUUACAUGUGGACAUCGACUUCAUUAGUAGGUAACGAACACACCAUGUAUAAGCUGCAGAGCAGCUAUGUUUCGCAAAGCGUACUGAAUGUGCAAGUGCUCAAUGGAGUGCGAUGAUAAUCCCAGCCCACGUGUUUACGCGUGGGCUUGGAUUAUCCCACAUAUAUGUGGGAUUAUUCCCACAGGUCACCUGCCAACCAUUCCGGACCGAUGAUUAUAGAAUAAUAAUAAGGGCCAACCAUUCCCAUGUUAGCUUUCGCUAGAUUGUGCUGUAAUUACUCUUCUUAUCCUAGCGUAACACUUCACUAAUAAUUUUAUAACUAACUCUGUAUGCGUGAAGCACCCAUGAGUAGUAGAAAAUGGAAACCCAAACGAAAAAAACAAAAGGAAUGUAAGGGCCCGCAAACAUAGAUGUCGGCUACUCAAGAGAAAGGGAGUAGUAAGCCAAAUCCUCACAGACUGACCACUCUAAGAACAUAUUAAACGAAUCCAUAUUCGUUGUGCCACGUGGUGGCAAUGCAUUGUGGGUGGUGUUCGUAUUGGUUUGGAGGAGGCGGUGACGAUACAUUUAUCUACGUUUAUCAGUGUGAGGUUUCUGUUUUUCACACAGGCUUGCGGAACAUGCAAAAUAGAAGGCAAUCUCCCUCCUCUAUGCAAUAAUAAAUCUAGGGCAGAUA